GCUAGGGAGCGGGACCCCGCCGUCCCGACGCUCUGCUCGGUUCAGGCUAUAGGCCCGUAUGGAGGGGACUGCAGAGUCCCAGACGCCUGAUCUGCGAGACGUGGAGAGCAAGGUGGGCAGGAAGACCCCUGAAGGGCUGCUCCGCGGGCUUCGAGGGGAACGGGAGCCGGGACCCUCUGGCACCCUGCUGCUCCCCGGGGCGCCGAGCUCGGGCCACGGCCUGGGGGACAAGAUCAAGGCGCUGAAGAUGGAGCUGGCUUACCUGCGAGCCAUUGACGUGAAGAUCCUACAGCAGCUGGUGACUUUGAAUGAGGGCAUUGAGGCGCUCCGCUGGCUGUUGGAAGAACGGGGGGCAUUGACCAGCCACUGCAGCAGCCUCACCAGCAGUCAAUAUAGCCUGACCGGCGGGAGCCCAAGCCGCUCCAGGAGAGGCAGCUGGGACAGCCUGCCAGACAUCAGCUCAACUGACCAGCUGGACAGUGUCUCCAUUGGCAGCUUCCUGGACACCGUGGCACCCCCUGAGCUGGAUGAACCGGGCAACCUUAGGGCUCCCCAUCCUGAGAUGGACUGGGCAAAGGUUAUACCUGGUGGGGAGAGGGCCAGGACUGAGUUGGACCUGACAGCCACCAGGCUAGGGAGCUUGAGGGCUGUGUGGAAGCCCCCAGAGGAGGGGCUCCAAGGUGGACCUCCUGAGCCACCAGAGGAUGAAAAUGCCAAACUGGGCUUUGAGGUCCACUGGUACUGGGGGCAGUGCCAGGAUGAUGUGACCUUCCUGUAACAACAUUCCCACCCGUUUGUUCUGCGGUGGCUCUUUCUUCACUAGGCCCUG